GCGCCUGAAGACAUGAACUUCCGGUCUCUGGAGUUCUGGGCCACAGAGAUGACGCCAGUGGCGGCCUAGAGAGGCCGCUACCUGACUGGACAGGAACAGAGCUUUCUGCACAGCGGAAAGGCAAGAUGGCUACAGCUGGGGGCAACUGUGAAGCUGUCCGGGGAAGUCAGGGUUUUCUUCGCCUUCUAUGCUUCUGCUUCCUGUUUGCAGUUUUGUGCAGGGGGAAUUCUGUGGAGAGGAAGAUCUACAUCCCCUUAAAUAAAACAGCUCCCUGUGUCCGUCUGCUCAAUGCUACUCAUCAGAUUGGCUGCCAGUCUUCCAUUAGUGGGGACACAGGGGUUAUCCAUGUAAUAGAGAAAGAAGAGGACCUGCAGUGGGUGUUGACUGAUGGCCCCAAUCCACCUUACAUGGUUCUGUUGGAGGGCAAGCUCUUUACCAGGACUCUGAUGGAAAAGCUGAAGGGGAAAACCGGGCGAAUUGCUGGUCUUGCUGUGUCCUUGGCCAAGCCCAGUCCCCCCUCGGGCUUCUCUCCUAGUGUGCAGUGCCCCAAUGAUGGGUUUGGUGUUUACUCUAACUCCUACGGGCCAGAAUUUGCUCACUGUAAAGAUAUUGAGUGGAACCCUUUGGGUGAUGGCUUGGCAUAUGAAGACUUUAAUUUCCCCAUCUUUCUUCUUGAAGAUGAAAAUGAAACCAAUGUCAUCAAGCAGUGCUAUAGAGAUCACAACCUGAGUCAGAAUGGCUCAGCGCCAGCCUUCCCACUGUGUGCCAUGCAGCUCUUCUCACACAUGCACGCGGUCAUCAGCACUGUCACCUGCAUGCGGCGCAGCUCCAUCCAGAGCACCUUCAGCAUCAACCCAGAAAUUGUCUGUGACCCCCUAUCGGACUACAACGUCUGGAGCAUGCUUAAGCCUAUAAACGCAUCUGGGACAUUGGAGCCUGAUGACAGGGUAGUGGUUGCUGCCACCCGGCUGGACAGUCGUUCCUUUUUCUGGAAUGUGGCCCCAGGGGCUGAAAGUGCUGUUGCCUCCUUCGUCACCCAGCUGGCUGCAGCUGAAGCUCUGCAAAAGGCACCUGAUGUGACUGCUUUGCCCCGUAAUGUCAUGUUCGUCUUUUUUCAAGGGGAAACUUUUGACUACAUUGGCAGCUCAAGAAUGGUCUACGAUAUGGAGAAGGGCAAGUUUCCUGUGAAAUUAGAGAACAUUGACUCAUUCGUGGAGCUGGGACAGGUGGCCUUGAGGACUUCACUAGAGCUCUGGAUGCACACAGACCCCAUGUCUCAGAAAAAUGAGUCUGUACGGAACCAGGUGGAGGACCUCCUGGCCACACUGGAGAGCAGUGGUGCUGGAAUCCCUGCUGUCGUCCUCAGGAGGCUGAACCAGUCCCAGCCUCUCCCACCGUCUUCUCUGCAACGAUUUCUUCGAGCUCAAAACAUCUCUGGUGUGGUUCUUGCUGACCACUCUUCUGCCUUUCAUAACCACUAUUACCAGAGCAUUUACGACACUGCUGAGAACAUUAAUGUCACAUACCCUGACCGGCUGAGCCCUGAAGAGGACCUGAACUUUGUGACAGACACUGCCAAGGCCCUGGCAGAUGUGGCCACGGUGCUGGGACGUGGACUCUACAAGCUUGCAGGAGGAACCACCUCUGUGGACAUGAUUCAGGCUGAUCCCCAAACAGUUACCCGCCUGCUCUAUGGGUUCCUGGUGAAAGCCAACAACUCCUGGUUCCAGUCCAUCAUCAGGCAGGAUCUGCGGUCCUACUUGGGUGAUGGGCCUCUUCAACAUUACAUCGCUGUCUCCAGCCCCACUAACACCACUUAUGUAGUCCAGUACGCCUUGGCAAAUUUGACUGGCACAGUGACUGAUCUUACCCGAGAACAAUGCCAGGAUCCAAGUAAAGUCCCACGUGAAAACAAGGAUCUAUACGACUAUUCGUGGAUUCAGGGCCCUUUGAACUCCAAUGAGACAGAGCGGCUCCCCCGAUGUGUGCGUUCCACGGCACGGCUGGCCAGGGCCUUGUCACCUGCCUUUGAGCUGAGGCAGUGGAGCUCUACUGAGUACUCUACGUGGACUGAGAGCCGCUGGAAAGAUAUCCGUGCCCGGAUAUUUCUGAUAGCCAGCAAAGAACUUGAGUUUAUCACCCUGAUGGUGGGCUUUGGCAUCCUCAUCUUCUCUCUCAUCGUCACCUACUGCGUCAACGCCAAAGCCGAUGUUCUUUUCAUUACUCCCCGGGAGCCAGGAGCUGUGUCUUACUGA